UUAGCAGUACAGUUUUUUUCACUUCAUUUGACUGCUGGCACUAAAACAGAGGACUGUUGUGUCGCGUGUAGGGUGUUGCGUGUAUUUUGCUUUAGGUUUGGCUCGAAGAUAUAAUGUGACAAUAAAUCUUUAGUACGCUGUGUCCGCUUUUUACCUGAGGAGCUCUUUAAAUCAUAAAUCACAUUUAUGUGAUGGAACGGACCUGCUUCAGUGCUUUACUUCUCACAUUAAGUCUCGUCACAUCACAAGCUGAUAAAUGCAUAAUUGGAGUAGUCGGAGAGAAUGUCCAUCUUCCAUGUAUUUAUAAUGGGGUAAAAAAUUUGACCGCCCUGCUCAUCUCAUCUGAAUGGAGAAAAGACAUGAAAGUACACAUCACAGAAUGGAUUGACUCGCAAAAUGUGUCCCGGACCACUGUCUCAUCUGCGGCCUCCAAUACUGGAGACUUUACAUUGGAGAUGCGUGAUAUACAUUUAUCAGAUGCACAAAACUACAGUUUACAUCUAAAGGUUCAUGGUCAAGAAAACAGUGUCCUUAUUUGCACAGUCUGCCUCUCUGUAGCAGCUCAUUUCAGUCAUCCUACUUUAUUAAGGAAGAAUAUUAUGAACGGAGAAGAAACUCAACUGGUGUGCAAUACUACAGGAGGAUUUCCUGUUCCAAACAUCUACUGGCAAAUCAACCACACACAGCGCCCUUCAGAAACAAGAGUUACCACAUAUGUAAAUACUUUACCACAGUCUGGACUCUACAACAUCACCAGUGUCCUAUCCAUCAACAUUUCACCAGAAACUGCUGUAUCAUGUGUCAUAGAAAACAAAAUGCUGAACGAAACUUUGACUGCAACAAACUAUGGUGUAAAGUCAAGUCUAAAAGAUGGACGACAUUCAAAAUUUCUGUGGAUGUUUACCACUGUGAUGUGCGUGGUUGUUUUCCUACUGGUGGCUCUGUCUCUGUGUAUCCAGAGGAAACUGGACAAGGACAGAAAAAAACAUUACAGACGUAGAGAUGAUUCAUGCAGUGAAGAAACUGAGAUGAUCACCAUAAACAUGGAGCAGUGGGCUUCCCUACCAGAGACUGAUGUAUAGCCUAAUAUACUACACCGUAUAAUAUAGUGGAAUAAUAUAAUAUGGUCUGGGUAGAUGCCACGCACUGUUGUACUGAUUAUUAAAGGGACACUCCACUUUUUUUUGAAAAUAUGCUCAUUUUCCAGCUCCCCUAGAGCUAAACAUUAGAUUUUUACCGUUUUGGAAUUAAUUCAGCUGAUCUCCAGGUUUGGCGGCUCUUAGCAUAGCUUAGCAUAAUCUAUUGAAUGUGAUUAGACCAUUAGCAUCGCACAAAAAAUAACCAAAGAGUUUCAAUAUUUUUACUAUUUAAAACUUGACCCUUGUGUCGUUACAUUGCUUACAAAAUAAAAAGUA